AUUUUUGUGAUGCCUUAUUUUACAGACUCAACUGCAGCUAAAGCCAGAAAUCUUGCUUUGUAUGGCAAGGCCACACAAUCAGACCUGGUCGAGAAUCCUUGGUCAGCAGAUGGCCUUGCCAGUAAUGCUAUUGAUGGAAAUCAUGACUCACAUUAUGAUCAUGGAUCCUGUACUGCUACUACAAUGCAAAAUGACCCAUGGUGGAGGUUAGACUUACUAGACAAGUAUGUAGUGACCUCCAUAACCAUCACCAACCGAAAAGACUGCUGUCCUGAAAGGCUUGAUGGAGCUGAGAUACACAUUGGGAACUCUCUGCUGAACAACGGCAACAGCAAUCCUUUGGCUGGAAAGAUUUCAUCCAUUCCAGGUGGGAGAUCCCUCACUUUCAAAUGGAAGAAAGGCAUUCCAGGCCGUUACAUCAAUGUGGUCAUACCUGGAUCUAAUCGACUUCUUACCCUCUGCGAGGUCGAAGUUUACGGUUAUCCAGCUCCUGAUGGUGAAAAUGUGGCUUUAAACGGGAAAGCUACACAAAAAACCGUCCUUGAAAACGGUUUUGCAUCCAAUGCAAACAAAGUGUUUUCAGUAGUAAUAACAAACAGAGAAGAUAGCUUUUCUGAAAGAUUAAAUGGGGCAGAAAUCAGAAUUGGGAACAGUCUGGACAACAAAGGCAAUAACAAUCCCAGGUGUGCUGUGAUCUCUUCCAUUCAUCCUGGUUUUUCCUCCACCUUUGAAUGUGAUGGGAUGGAAGGACGUUACAUUAAUGUUGUUAUUCCUGGACGGCAAGAAUAUCUUACACUGUGUGAGGUUGAAGUGUACGGAUCACCACUGGAUUGAG